AAGUCCCAGACGCCUUUGCGGUAGCCACUUCCGAUCCCGAGACUGCUGGAGCAGCUUCACUUUCGCACCUGCAGACUUCAACAUUCAGAUUCUGGGCUGGUUCGUCCUCACUGGACUCGGACAGAGCGUGGUAUCGGUGGUGCGUUCAUGCUCCUUCUGGACCAGUUGGUGUCGCACAGUCUGUGAUGCUCAAGUCUCCUGCGAGUCUCCGCUGAUGGCGCCACUCUAACAUGGCGAGUCGAUGCAGUAGCAGCGCCGACUCGCGGCUCACCGGCAGGGGAGUCGCCGGCACGACGCCCAUCUCUGUCCGGGCCGAGUCCUACGACUUCGGGGAGAAGAAGUGCAUCUCAGACGUGAGGAGGACCUUCUGCCUCUUCGUCACCUUUGACCUCCUGUUUGUGAGCUUGCUCUGGAUCAUCGAGCUCAACGUGAACGGAGGGAUUCCCACACAGCUGGACAAAGAAGUGCUGCACUAUGACUACCAUGCCUCCUUCUUUGACAUCUUUCUCCUGGCGGUGUUCAGAUUCGCCGUCCUCAUCUUGGCCUACGCCGUCUGCAGGCUUCACCACUGGUGGGCCAUCGCGAUGACUACGGCGGUCAGCUGCGCCUUCCUCAUCGUCAAAGUCAUUUUAUCAAAGCUGCUCUCUCAAGGGGCCUUCGGCUACCUGCUGCCCAUCAUCUCCUUCGUGCUGGCCUGGAUCGAGACCUGGCUGCUGGACUUCAAGGUUCUGCCUCAGGAGGCCGAGGAGGAAAACAGAUAUCGGUCAUUGCUGGACGCCGCUGAGCGAGCGCCUCUCAUGUACGCCGGCCCACUUUCAGACGGACAGUUUUACUCACCGCCAGAGUCCGUCGCAGACUCUGAUGAGGACCUGGACAUCAAACUGGACCCAGACAAGGUGCUGGUCUGACCCGACAGCCUCACAGCCUCCUCCCUUUUGUCCUCUUUCUCAGCAGGGGGCGCUCUCCUCCUCAUCUCUGGCCAGUUUUAUGAUUCCCACUUGCUAAAAUAAAAGCUGCUUCA